AUUCGAUCCUUCCUUCGAUCGGAGAGAAGUCGGGAGCAACAUCCAGUAAAUUCGGCAACAAAAAACAUGGCUGGCUACUUGAAAGUCCUCAGCUCUCUCUCUAGGUCCGCCGCCACUCUAUCAAAAAACCCCGCCGUUCUUGCUCCAGCUUCUUGCCAGAGUUUGCAACAAAGGAACUAUGCCGAUAAGCGCAUCAAGGUGGCGCAGCCGGUGGUGGAGAUGGACGGCGAUGAAAUGACCAGGAUCAUCUGGGAGUUUAUCAAAGAAAAGCUCAUUCUGAACAAUGUGGAUGUGGAGCUGAAGUACUUUGACCUGGGUCUUCCUUACCGUGACCAGACAAGUGACCAAGUCACAAUUGACUCUGCAUUAGCUACCCAGAAAUACAAUGUUGCUGUGAAAUGCGCCACCAUUACACCUGACGAAGCUAGGGUCGAAGAAUUCAACUUGAAGAAAAUGUGGAAGAGUCCCAACGGCACUAUCAGGAACAUCCUGGGUGGCACUGUCUUCCGUGAGCCAAUCAUAUGCAAAAACAUUCCCAGACUUGUUCCUGGCUGGACACAGCCCAUCACCAUUGGCAGACAUGCUUUUGGUGACCAGUACAAAGCAACAGACUUCGUUGUGAACCAACCAGGCAAAUUCACGAUGGUCUUCACUCCAACUGAUGGAAGCAAAAGCAAGGAGUGGGAGGUGUUUGAUUUCCCUGGUGGCGGCUGUGGAAUGGGCAUGUACAACACCGAUGAGUCCAUCACUGGCUUCGCUCACAGCUGCUUCCAGUACGCUAUCCAGAAGAAAUGGCCCCUUUACAUGAGCACCAAGAAUACCAUCCUGAAAGCUUAUGAUGGCAGAUUCAAGGAUAUUUUCCAGGAAAUUUUCGAGAAAAACUACAAGCCACAGUUCGACAAGCUGAAGAUCUGGUAUGAGCACAGGCUUAUUGAUGACAUGGUAGCUCAGGUCCUGAAAUCAUCGGGUGCCUUUGUUUGGGCCUGCAAGAACUACGAUGGAGAUGUGCAGUCUGACAUCCUUGCUCAGGGUUUCGGUUCCCUGGGCCUGAUGACAUCAGUGUUGGUGUGUCCUGAUGGAAAGACCAUUGAAGCUGAGGCUGCUCACGGCACAGUAACCAGGCAUUACCGCGAGCACCAGAAGGGAAGGCCAACUAGCACUAACCCCAUUGCCAGCAUCUUCGCUUGGACCAGGGGUCUGGAGCACCGUGGCAAACUCGAUGGAAAUCCAGAUUUGAUUAGGUUCUCUCAGACUCUAGAACGGGUGUGUGUGGAGACGGUGGAGAGCGGAGUGAUGACCAAGGAUCUGGCUGGCUGCAUUCAUGGUCUCCCCAACUGCAAGCUGAACGAGCAUUACGUCAACACCACAGACUUCUUAGAUGCCAUUAAAACCAAUCUGGACAAAGCUCUGGGCAAAUGAAGGACGCCUGGCAUGGACGCCACCAUGAGUGUGUCUUUUUGUACCUCAUUUUUAACUUAAAAAAGGUCAUGACUACAAAUGUUAUGAGUUCUAAAAACAUAAUAAUGUUCAUAGCUGUGCUGUUAGCUAAUCCUGCUAAUGGGGUCCUCCAUCUCUCCCCACCUUCAGGGUUCUAUUUUUGUAAGAUGAAGUACUGUAUGUCCGAAACUGUACAAUACCACAGGAAGAAAAGAACAUUCAAGGGCCAUUUGAGAAACCCUCUAAUAAAUCUCUCUUGUCACCCGAA